AUGACAUGCCAUGUAUUCGGAAACUUUCCACCGCCAGCCGUGGCAAUUUUAGGCCUGAGGAAGGCUGUCGAGGAAACUGAUUCUGACGUGAAAGAGUUUGUUACUAGAAUUUUUUAUGUCGAUGAUGCAUUGACUUCUACACCCAACAGUGCGACUGCAAUCUCAGUGAUAAAGAGAACACAAGAUUCUCUACGUAACAACGGGAACAUUCGAUUACACAAAAUCUCCUCCAACAAAAGAGAGGUUCUUGAAGCAUUCCGUGUCAAUGACCUUUCUGGGGAUAUUGGAGAUCUAGAUCUUCAAGACGACUCUGCACCCUUCCAAAGAAGUCUGGGUCUUUAUUGGAAACUAUCAAGAGACAUUUUCACUUUUAAUUCAGAUAGUACCAGGAGGCCUUACACGAAACGAGGUCUGUUUGCCACUAUCAACAGCGUGUUCGACCCAAUAGGUUUUGCAGCACCGGUUGUGUUGCGAGGAAAACUAUUAUUCCGAGAUUUGACCGCAUCUGUUCUGGAUUGGGAUGAGCCUCUUCCUGAGGAAAGGCAACGAGAAUGGGACUUGUGGCAGAAUUCGCUUGCUCAGCUUGAUAAAUUUCAUGUAUCCAGACAGUAUUUCAUAGACAGGUCCUGUAUUCCCACUGAUUGCGUUCACAUAUACACCGAUGCCUCAAAGGAGGCCAUUGCUGCUGUUGCGUACUUCUGUACUACCAACGAAGAGGGAGUAGCCAGUUUUUCCUUCAUCUUGGGGAAGUCAAAGGUAGCAUCCAGUCACGGACAUACAUUCCCUCGCCUUGAGCUGUGCGCGGCAGUUUUGGGUACUGAAUUGGGACAAGUCAUCUGUGAACAGUUAGAUGUGGAUCCAGCUAAUAUUCAGUUUCCCACCGAUAGCAACGUAGUCCUGGGCUAUAUCCACAAUAAGGUACGUCGAUUUUUUGUAUAUGUCGGAAACCGGGUUGACCGAAUACUGAACGUCAGUAAACGUCAUCAAUGGAUACAUGUCGCCACUGAUAAGAACCCAGCAGACAUUGGCACCAGGUUUAUCGAGGCAGACAAUCUUUCAGAAAAUAUGUGGAUCAAAGGCCUUGCAUCUCCCGUAGAGCGGUCAGACAGCUUAUACGAACUCGUCACACUAGAAGAAGAUUCGGAAGUGAGACCAAAGGUAGUUUCUCUCAAGACUCUGAAAUCGAAUUCAGAUCGUCUUGGCACUCAAAUAUUUGGCAGAUUCUCGACAUGGAAUUCGCUCAUCCGUGCUAUAGCGACUCUUAUUUCAAGACUGGCUCGGUUCCAAACUUGUAGUGGAGGUAAAGGCCUUGAAACUGUUGACAUUCUGGAGAAAGCUAAGAGAGUUAUUAUAAGAGAAACACAACGGGAAGCUUAUCCAAGAGAGAUUUUGAGGAUAAAGAAUUCUGAGACCUUACCUAAGGAUAGUCCAAUUAUUUUUCUUCCCCCUACCUAG